CUCGGGGCGGCGGCGGGAGGGGGCGCUGCGGGGCCGGGCGGGCGGGGCGCGGAGGAAGUGCCGUCUUCGCCGCCGCCUGAGCCGCGCGGGCCGCGAUGUCGUCCCGGCCGGGGCGCGGCGACCCGGGGGCCGGGGGCGCGCGGCGGCCGCGGGAGCCGCCGGAGCAGGAGCUGCAGCGCCGCCGGGAGCAGAAGCGGCGGCGACACGACGCGCAGCAGCUGCAGCAGCUCAAGCACCUGGAGUCCUUUUAUGAAAAACCUCCUCCUGGGCUUAUCAAGGAGGAUGAGACUAAGCCGGAAGACUGUAUACCAGACGUGCCAGGCAAUGAGCAUGCCAGGGAAUUCCUGGCUCACGCGCCAACCAAAGGGCUUUGGAUGCCCCUGGGGAAGGAGGUCAAAGUUAUGCAGUGUUGGCGCUGUAAACGGUACGGUCACCGAACGGGCGACAAAGAAUGCCCUUUCUUUAUCAAAGGCAACCAAAAGUUAGAACAGUUCAGAGUAGCACAUGAGGAUCCCAUGUAUGACAUCAUCCGAGAGAAUAAGAGACAUGAAAAGGAUAUAAGCACUUGGAGGUCAGGGGCACUCACUGAAAAGGCCGGUGUCCAGGAAUGAGCCGGCCAGCCUGCUCCACUUGGGUUAGCUUAAUGCAGUGGGCGUGGCCCAGCCCGCUGACGCAGGGAUGGUUAAUGUUGGCAGCCCUCUUCGUGGUGUGUGGUUCUGUUUGAUUGGUUCUCUUUCAUAUGAUUUAGUUUAUCUUCUCCAAUGUCUUAAGGGAUCUGAGCUAUUGUUCAACAUGAAUAAGGACAGUGAAAAAACAGGAGGUUUUUAUUUUUUCAGAUUUGUGGUCUUGAGUUAUAAUUGCUGAGGGGGUAGAUUACCUAGUAUGAACUUGAGCAGUGGGGGGAUGAUUUAGGAAAGGCUGUAUCUGUUAGAAGUUACAAUAGGAGGGACUAUAGAAACAUAUAAAAAUAUGCAGGCACACCUCCUUGGGGCAUGUGCACUCAAAUCUCCUUUUCAAGUGAAUAUUAUCUCCUAAACUCUAAGGGACCCCAUGAGACUUGCAACCAGGGGAGCAGUGGGGAGUGACAGCGCAUCCCUGGCUAACCCCCUGAUGAAAAGGUCCCCAAGUGCCCUUUUCUGACUUCCUAGUGAGCGAAGCAGCCCCGCUUAAGCUCUCCUGUUACUCCCAUCCUAGUCCCAUCCUUGUUUCACUGUCCCCAGCUUUAAUAAACAUACUAUCAAAAAAUAAUAAUAAAAAUGUAAAAAGGAAACGUGGAAAUAUUUAGGACAAUGAAAAGGAUACAGAACGAUUGUACACAGGUAGAUAGGCAUGGAUGUAAAUAGUCCUGUAAAAUAGGCAUGGAUGUGGACAGGAAUGGGCAACCUGCAAAAAUAAAAAAUAAGUACUGCAUUGAAUGAGGUGAUUAUCUGUGACUUUUUUUUUUAUCUUCACUGCUAAUCUUAUAUUUAAAAACAUUCUUCGACGAUGUUGUUAUGGUUUCUGGUUCUUU